CCAAGCUAUAACGAGUCCCGCCUCUUCCGGUAAGGCGUGGUCACGUGAUUGAGCCCCUGGUCGACUAGUUUCCCUCUGCUGAGGUGGACCAGGAAGACAAGCGCGGAUACUAGUGGCACUGAGGUUAAACAGGAGCAGGAGCGGAGGGAUACAUUAUUCGCAAUGACUAACGUGUAUUCGCUGGAUGGCCUCCUAGUGUUUGCACUUCUGUUUGUGUGUACUUGCGCUUACUUCAGGAAGGUGCCACGUCUGCGCAGUUGGCUGCUUUCAGAGAAGAAGGGAGUAUGGGGAGUCUUCUAUAAAGCUGCAGUCAUUGGUUCUCGUCUACACUUGGCUGUCUCUAUUUCCUGCAUUGCUAUGUCCUUUUAUGUACUGUUCAUCAAGUGACAACUUUAUCAGAUGCUUUGCAGUCUCUCAACCUACAUGAAAACUGGGAACCAUGAUCACCCUACCUAGAGACAAAAGGGACUGUGGAUUUGUUGUUCCCCAUGGAUUAUUAAAGAGACAAGGUCUGGACAUCAUCUGUGUUGUUGAGGGGAUAUUGUGGACUGGAAUGAUGCAUUCCCCAAAAGGAACAUUUUUGCCUGACCUCAUCUGUAAUUUGUUCCUCUCAUAGCAUUUGAUAUGCAUUUUAUGGAUAAGGGAACAUUUUAAAUUAUUGGCUAAGGGUUUACUUUGGGGGGGUGGGUGGCUUGGAAACCUAUUAUACGUGCACCCUAAGACGUGAUCUCUUCUCCUAAAUAUUUCUGUCCAUGGAAAAUGCUUAAACAUACAGAUAAAAAUUGUUAGAAUCUUUGAAUAACAAACUGUCAGUGUCAUUAAAUAUCUAAUGGUGGCUAUGUUUAAUAUGGAAGCCCUGUUCAUUAUUACAAGGCAAACAUUUUAGAAACCAUGCCUUGAAGCAGUCUUGUAUUUUAGCUGGCCUAAGAACCUAUAUAAUAUUGAAAUGUAAUCGUUUAGGGAAUUACACAUUAAACUUAUUUAGCGUUGGAAAAUAUUUUUUUUGCGACAUGAUUAAAAUGUUUACUUUAGCCUGUUUAACAAAAAUGUGUUUCUUGUUAUGGGGAGAGAAUAGUUACAGUGACAAGCUUUGAAAAGUUUGGGCAGUAUACUCCUUUGUUCAACAUGUGUUCAGUGAGCAGGUGUUGUGCUGAACUAAUCACUAAAAAUCAAAAGUUUAGUCAUUUUAUGGGCUAAACAGGAAGACUGAAGUUACUCUAUGUUUAGUCCUUUUGAGGUAUAUAAUUACCAGUAUACAACUUCUUUCAUUCAUCCGUUAUGCAGUGACAAUAUUUGGGCAGUGGUUAUAUAAUUAUCUCCCUCUCAAGGACCAAAUGUGGAGUAGCUUUAAUUUCCCUGUUUGGUUUAAUAAAUUAUAAAAACUGUUUAAACAAUAAGCAAAAAGAAUGUUUGAGUGAAGCCCUGUUUGUUGAACUCAUGUUGUUUUCAUGCUGUAAUCCCUGACUGCGUCGUACAGCAAAAACAGCAAGUAUACCAUAGACUUAUUCUAAGCCAGCAUCUGGGUCACCAGCAACCUUAUUCCCAUAUAAAUAGGUAGUUAAAGGAUGAGCUCUACCUCCUUAAAAAGAUUUAUUUCUGCCAUAACAUUUAUUUUACCAGGAAGGUACCAUUUUUAUGAUUGCCUAAACAGAUGAUUUUUAUAAGAUAGAAAAAUCAUAGACUGUGGACACAAUAAACUUUCUUCACUUUUGAACA